CCGGGCCAUGGCACAGCUGGAGCUCUGGGCAGCCGCGGCGCUGAUGCUGCUGGGGGCGGCCGUCAGCCUCUGCAUCAGGUGCCAGCUGUCCCCAGCUACCAAACGGGAGACGCAGCUGAAUGAGCAGAGGAGUCAGCUCGAAAGCCGGCAGAGAUUUGAGGUGAUUCGAUCCCAUUCCACUGCAACCCGAAGGCUGGACAGUAUUAAGGAACCUGAAAACUUAUCAAUAGCAAGAAAAGCCACUGAAGAGCUCAGUGCCUCCCAUCACACUGGAUAUGGGAGCAGGGAUGAGUCCAGGUACCAGAAUUUCCUGACAGAGAGCUGCGUGCAAGAAGACAAUACCUAUGUGGAGCCCAUAUCUCUGGAUAACUACUACAAUUGCACCAGGUUCUUCCAUCCACCCUGUGGUAGGUGUCCAGGCAAGCAAGAGAAAGAUGAGGAUUCCUAUUCCUAUGAAAAUGUCACCAUUGGAGUGUCUCAGGGCUCUGAUCCAGAUGACGCUGUAGACUACGAGAACAGCAUGGCAAUACAAACAUGGAAACUCAAGCAAGGACAAGCCCCGUUGACAGAAAGCCUGGAUGAUGAGCCAGACUACAUCAACACGUGUCCUGUGUCAGGCCCUGCCCUGCUGUCAGAGCAAAGCUAG